AUGACUACCAACAGGCCCUUCUUCGGCGGCUUCCUGGCCGCUUUCCGAGCCCAGCAACCCAACCUCCAAAAGGCAGCUACCUCGCAAGCCGCCUCUGUAGCCUCGUAUUCGCCGAACAACACAGCGCAGCAAAACCCGACGCUCGACAAUGCCGCCACGGCGCGGACCAUCACCACAAAGACCCGAUCGCCAUCGCCCGGCGCCACAACUGUCUCCGUACAAGCACCGGGCCACUUCCAACCCACCAGACAGCACGCUGCGCCAUACAACCGCUCCACAUCACCCAAGGCCAAAGCCUUCCCCAUACCAGGUGCAUCACAGCGGAGCAGGAGAGGGUCAGACAGCUCGUCAGAGGGUUUCCACGAGGCCAUGGGCGCCGAGAAGUGGUACAUUGGCGGCCGGACAGCAACAGGAGAAGAAAAGUUCUACAAGCUCGGCAUGGUGAAGCGCCACAGGAGCGCAGACCGCUUGAGCGUGGAUAAGCUUAGCAUAUAGCCUGGAAGAGGGUCACUUUGGUUCAAAAGCGUAGAUGCAUGGUUGGCGUUCGGGCAGGUAUCAGUACUAUCAACAUUCAAGGUUGAAUCGUCAUUUACAAGAGCAUUCAGGGUACAAACGUUGGUCAGAAACAGGAUUCAAACUUAUACGUAAAUACUUCUAUUCAAAUCCUUCCCA